UAAAGGAAACUUACUCGACCUUUCGCAUCCUAUUGUGAUGGGUAUCAUCAAUAUUACUCCUGAUAGUUUUUAUAGCCCUAGCAGAAAGCAAAAUGCAGAGGAAAUGUUGAAACAGGCAGAACAGAUGGUCAAUGAUGGAGCAAAAAUUUUAGAUAUUGGAGGUGCUUCUUCCCGACCAGGAGCUGAGGAACUUAAUGCAACUGAAGAGAUUGAGCGCAUUUUACCUGCUAUUGAACACAUCAAAAAACAUUAUCCUCAAAUAUGGAUUUCUAUUGAUACUUAUCGAGUUGUUGUAGCUAAACAAGCUGUGGCUGCAGGCGCAGAUAUAGUUAAUGACAUCAGCAGCGGCUUAUUUGAUGAUGAUAUGAUAAGUACUGUAGCACAAUUAAAUGUACCCUAUAUAGCCAUGCACAAUAGAGGUACAGCACAAACAAUGCACCAAAAUCCUUCAUACAAAAAUGUGACUGAAGAAGUCAUCACUGAGCUGCGCAUUUUAGUAGAUAAUUGCCAAAAAACAGGCAUUAAUGAUUUGAUUUUGGACCCAGGCUUUGGUUUUGCCAAAAAUGUGGAACAUAAUUUUGAAUUAUUAAACAAUAUGGCUCAAUUACGAAUUUUGGGCAAGCCAAUAUUAGCAGGAAUUUCGCGCAAAUCAAUGAUUUACAAAAGCCUCAAAACAGAUGCCAUUCAUGCAUUAAAUGGUUCUACGGCUCUACACAUGGUAGCCUUGCAACAAGGAGCGAACAUCCUUAGGGUGCAUGACGUAAAAGAGGCAGUGGAAUGUAUUGAACUGUUCCAUAGAUUCGACAGCGAACAUACUGGCUUGCAUCGUAUCCUUACCGUUAGGGAUUUAACCUUAUUUGGUAUGGCUGCCAUCAUUGGUGCAGGCAUUUUCAGCACCAUAGGUUCUGCCUGUUUCAACGGAGGUCCUGCUGUUAUCUGGUUAUUUGUUGGCAUAGCGGUCACCUGUGGCUUUUCGGCACUUUGCUAUGCCGAGAUGGCCUCGCGUAUCCCUGUUGCCGGUAGUGCAUACACCUAUAGUUAUACAACAUUUGGCGAAUUAAUAGCUUGGAUUAUCGGUUGGGAUUUAAUCAUGGAAUAUGCUAUUGGCAAUGUUACCGUUGCCAUAUCUUGGAGUGGAAAUCUUACUACCUUUUUACACCAAAUUGGUAUUGAUCUACCAGCAUUCUUGAGCAAAAGUUUUCUUGAAGUAAAAAAUGCACAUAAAGCCUUUGAACUUGCCAUUGCAAAAAAAGAAGAGAUUAGUGCCUACACCAAAAGCAUGCACGAACUUUGGUUACAUGCACCUCAUAUCGGCAGCCUACCUAUCAUUCUCAAUUUACCCGCAUUUCUGAUUACUGUUAUAAUUACAAGCCUAGUCUAUAUCGGCAUCAAAGAGAGUAGAACGGUAAGCAAUGCCAUGGUUGUUUUCAAAGUUUUGGUAGUGCUGAUAGUGGUGAUUAUUGGUGCAUUUUAUGUUCAGCCUAGCAAUUGGGUUCCUUUUGCACCUAAUGGAAUGUCGGGAGUAUUAAAAGGGACUAGCGCCGUUUUCUUUGCCUAUAUAGGUUUUGAUGCAUUGGCUACUACUGCCGAAGAAUGUAAAAAUCCGCAACGCGACUUGCCAAGGGGCAUGCUGUAUUCACUUAUUAUUGCAACAGCCUUGUAUAUAGCAGCCGCAUUAGUACUUACCGGUAUGGUACAUUAUUCAUCGCUCAACAACGAAGCAUUUUUGGCCAAUGCUUUUUUGCAAAGAGGCAUUAAUUGGAUUGGGGGUAUCAUUGCUUUUAGUGCAUUGAUAGCAACAGCUAGUGUAUUAUUGGUCUUUCAAUUAGGACAACCAAGAAUAUGGAUGAGCAUGAGUAGAGAUGGACUUUUGCCUAAAAAAUUUGCAGAAAUACAUCCUCGCUUUAAAACGCCUAAGUUCUCAACAAUAAUGACAGGCUUACUAGUAGGUAUCCCUGCCCUAUUUAUGGAUGCUGCAUUUGUAACGGAUAUGUGCAGCAUAGGGACACUUUUUGCUUUUGCCCUUGUUUGUGCUGGCAUAAUGAUUUUACAGCAUCGAAAAGACCUAGCUAAACCUAAAUUUAAAGUUCCUUAUAUCAAUAGCAGAUUUGGAAUCCCACUAUUGUUGGCUGUCAUAUUAUAUCUAUUGUUCCAUAAAAAUGCUGAAGGUGUUAUAUCCUGUCUGUAUUUAUUGUCCACAUUGGGCAUAGUCAACUGGAUACGUUUUAUUGUUUGGCUUAUCAUCGGUAUGGUCAUUUAUUUUGCCUACGGCAAAAGGAAUAGUAAACUAGCAAAAAGCCAAGAAGCUGCAAAUUCA